AUGGAGUUAGAACUAUUUGAUGUAUGGGGGAUUGACUUUAUGGGGCAUUUCCCAUCCUCCUACUCAAAUAGUUAUAUACUUGUGGCUGUAUAUUAUGUGUCAAAGUGGGUAGAAGCUAUUGCCACUGCAACAAAUGACAACAAGGUUGUAAUGAGCUUCUUAAGAAAGAAUAUUUUCAGCAGAUUUGGAGUUCUCAGGACACUCAUUAGUGAUGGAGGAACUCAUUUCUGCAAUAAACAACUGAAAGCACUCAUUCUCAAAUAUGGAGUCAAGCACAAGGUGGUAACCCCUUAUCAUCCACAGACCAAUGGGAUAGCCUUGAAGACACCCAUUGGGAUGUCUCCAUACCAAUUGGUCUUUGGCAAGGCUUGCCACUUGUCAGUUGAGCUUGAACAUAGAGCAUUCUGGGCUCUAAAACUACUGAACUUUGAUGAGCAAGCUGCUGGAGAAAAGAGGAUAAGGCAACUCAACGAGCUGGAGGAAUUCAGGAACCAAGCAUAUGAGAAUGCAAAGAUAUACAAAGAGAACACAAAAAUGUGGCAUGAUCAAAAGAUAGCAAGGAGGGAGUUCACUGAAGGACAAAAGGUGUUAUUGUACAAUUCUAGACUUAGGUUCUUCCCUGGGAAGCUUAAGUCUAGAUGGUCUGGACCCUUCACCAUCAUCAAAGUGUAUCCCUAUGGUCAAGUGGAACUCAUGGAGGACAAAACACAAAGAACCUUCACUGCAAAUGGCCAUAGACUCAAGCAUUACUUGGGGGACUCACUGGAUGAAAGGAGAGUGAGCUACCGCCUCAACUGA